CCAGUUUUACGGAAACGUAUGCAAAGCAGUGGAAGUUUGCAGCAGCUCAGUUACAGAGAGCUGGUGUGUCAGAAAGAAGAACAGAUACUGACCAAGAUGGAGUUUUAAAGACGCCAUCAUGGAGUGAAGAUUGAAGCUGUUUGAGUUUUCUGUGAUCCUCCACUGAUGCUUCCUGUUCCUUUCUGCUGCUAAAGGCUGAACAUCCUCAUCCAUCCACUAGUUCUCCACGGUUCUAUCCUCUCUGUCUCAGUGAUGAAUCCCUAUGCAGAUGAUGCUUAUGAAAUUCCAUGCAGUCCAGCUAACUUCAACUCUUCUGUGGAUCAAUCUGACCCCCCAGUUAUCCAGACCACUCUCAGCUCUCUGUCUGCUUCUUCUGCUGCUGGUUUCCCUCCUGCCCAUCAUGUCCAAAUACCCAGCUCCACGCUGCACCUCCCCGCCUUCAGUCCCACAGAAUCUCAAUCCACAGAAAACCCCUACGCCCCCCCCACUGCCCUCCACUCCCACCAGGUCUCCAUCCCAUCCCCAGACGUCCAGCCGUAUCCCCCACCGACCGAGUUCUUGGAUGAAUCGGCUCCAGAUCUGGAGUGUGCCAUUUGCUUCAGCCAGUUCAACAACGUCUUCCGCUGCCCCAAGAUGCUGAACUGCAAACACACCUUCUGCCUGGAAUGCCUGGCACGCAUGAACGUCAAGUCUUCUGAUCCCAACGCCAUCCAGUGCCCGCUGUGUCGCGGCCUGACUCCACUGCCCCCAAACGGGCUUCCCAAACUGGCCACCGACUCAGACGUCCUCUCCUACCUGCCGGCUGCCAUGCAGAGGGUCUACAGCAUCCGCUUCGUCCGCAACAAAGGGAAGCUGCAGGUCAAAAGGUCCAGCGACGGAUUGGGGCGGCAGGGCCAGAGGUCCAUCACGUCUGUGAGGAACCGCUCCCUGGAUGUGGGACUUCCCAGCCCAAAUACAGGGGGCAGUGGCAGGGAGGCAGGGGGGAUGGGUGACACUCUUUUCAGGCUGACGGGCCGGCCACUGUGCCGGGCCUUCCUCCUGACCUCUGUGGUGAUGAUGAUGGUUCUCCUGACAGGAAUCAUAACUUACCUGCUCAUCAUGGGAAAAGAUCAGUGAGUGACCUUACAUCACUUCCUGUUUGCUUUUACAUUCAAUGAGAGGAUGAAACCAUCAAGAACUUCUUCCUUCUGUAUCAUAGAACUAAUGAAUUCAUGUUUUAAAGAAUGCUGUUACAGUAAAGCUGCACAUUUUGUAAAGGGGAGGGUGUAACGGAUGGAAAUGAGAUGGUGGAUCAGAAAUGGCGG